AAAUGAGUUGUGACCCGGAAGUACUUUCUUUCAGUACCAAACAGGAUGUACUGGUAGCUAGCUAGCUAGCUAGCUGCAAACCAAAUCGGUUGCAAGUAGCAUUGUGAUUGUUAUUGUUGUUGAGUGACAGUUGAAUCUGGAAAAAAAUACUUGAGGUAACGGAUGUUUGCAAUCCAGCAUUAACGUGUCGGGAUUCCGCAUUCGUGAGUUUAAGACCAGAGGAGCUACCGAAGCUAGUUACCUUAGCUUUGCUAACGUUGUCGAGGCCGGCCGCUGAAGCGUCUCAGAUUGGCGGUGGCUUGUUAACGUGGAUGUUUCGCAGCGACCUGAACUGUUUUACCAGAAACGGCGACGUGUGUUUAUUCAACUACUUCCCCCCCAACCAACAGCGACAGGCAAUGUCGUUUAACUCCACGAGCAGUGAAUAAAAGACGGUGCUAAGACCAUACGUGCUGGUUGCUUUUGAUGGUUUAGAAGAUUAGCUGAAGAUACAAGUGCAGUCAUGGACGAUUUUAGCUCGAUCAGCCUGCUGUCUCUUGCGAUGUUAGUGGGAUGUUACGUGGCCGGGACGAUACCUUUAGCAGUCAACUUCUCCGAGGAAAGGCUGAAGCUGAUCACGGUGCUCGGCGCGGGGCUGCUGUGUGGAACCGCACUGGCUGUCAUCAUCCCCGAGGGGGUCCACGCACUUUAUGAAGAAAUACUCGAAGGAGCACACCACAACCACGGCCAGGUGGGGGCCGUGGAGGUGUCCGAGACGAAGGGUGAAGUGGACGCGGCUCUGAGCGGCAGCCUGAAACAUGAGCACAGCCACGAGCAGCUGCACGCCUGCAUCGGAGUGUCUCUGGUUCUGGGCUUUGUCUUCAUGCUGCUGGUGGACCAGAUAGGCAGUUCUCACAUGCACAGCACAGAAGGCUUAGAUCCAGAGGCGGCGAGAGUGUCCUCCUCAAAAAUCACUACCACUCUGGGUCUGGUGGUCCACGCUGCAGCUGAUGGAGUGGCGCUGGGAGCUGCUGCCUCCACCUCUCAGACCAGCGUCCAGCUCAUUGUCUUUGUCGCCAUCAUGUUGCAUAAGGCCCCAGCAGCGUUCGGCCUGGUGUCCUUCCUGAUGCACGCCGGUCUCGAGAGGAACCGGAUCCGCAAACAUCUGUUGGUCUUCGCCCUGGCGGCGCCCGUCCUCGCCAUGCUCACCUUUUUAGGCCUCAGUCAAAGCAGCAAGGAGGCCCUGUCGGACUUCAACGCCACUGGCGUCGCCAUGCUCUUCUCCGCCGGCACCUUCCUCUACGUGGCCACCGUCCACGUCCUCCCGGAGGUCGGGGGCGGCAGCCACAGCCACGCCCCCGCGGGAGGGAACGGAGGGAAGGGACUGAGCAAGGUGGAGGUGGGAGCCCUGGUGCUGGGCUGCCUCAUUCCUCUGGUGCUGUCCGUCGGUCACCACCAUUAGACGCAGGGCGGAUUCCGAACGGGUGUACAGGGGGAGAGCGGAGAAAGGGACUUCGAACAUUGUGGAUCUAUAUGUCUUGUUGUCUGCUGAUGGACCUUGUGCUCGCCCAGGGGGGGGGAGGAGAGACCUCUCAUGAAUUAAACCUGAAACAAGGAAUGAAUGAUGGAGGGAAAUCGGAGGAGCAGCACUACAAUGUUUUUUUGUUUUUUUUUCUGACGACGAAACAUCUUCCAGCUACUGUCUGUGUCCAUUUAUUACACCACAAGUCCUUUUCUUUUAGAGGGACACGCCAGUGUCGGACCCUUUAGCUCUGUUCAAUCUGGUAACUGUGGAGUCGUCGUUAUUGUGCUUAUUGUUGAAAGAACCGACCUCUAAUCGUCACAGGGAUGUUUCACUAGAUUGCAGUUGCUUAGUGAGAUUUAGAUCAGAAUAAGACGGUUUUUGUACAGUGUAAAAUAUCUUUGCAACACUUGGACAAAAUGUGAGGUGAUUUUCAAGUGCCAUAUUAGCGAGCUGAAAGCGGGAGCUGGAAAGGACGUAACCACGGUGAUGGGAUGUCAACGACACACACAGAAUGGCCUCUGGUUUUGAACGGUCGCGUUCCUUCUGCCCUCAUUUCCAUUCACAACGCUGUGAUUCACCGACAUUCCCGACCGAUUCUCUCAACGGAGAUCUUUUUAUGGAGCAGGUGGAACAGGUGGGUCUGCUCCCGACAGACGUCUCUGGAUCGCCAGUUUGCCUUUUUGUGGGCCGUGUUUCUGCAUCGCAACAUGAACAGUCACUUUAAUUCUUUCCGUUUUACUUCUCUGGAUGUGCUUUUUUUAGUUUUCUUUAAUCAUAAAGAAGGUGAAGGGGACAAAAGUGAGUGUA